AGGUUUCUCUCUCUCCUUUUCUCUGUUCACGCAUCUCCAUUUUUCACGGAGAUGAAGUUGAAAAGAGAGAAGACCAACUUUUGUUUUUUUUUUGUCUCUGAUCUUUGAUCUUGAUAGUUUUCGGGUUAGCCGAUCAAUACUUCCGAUUGACGGAUUUCUCUUUUUGCCGGUAGCGGAAUUAUCUUCGCGUUGGCGACUUUUGAAAUGUCUUCUUCAAUCACCAUCGAGCUGAUCUUCACUCUCAUCCUUCUCGGAUCGUGGUUGAAGAUAAUAAUCUCCGAUCUUUUGAUCGGUGAUAGUAAUAUAUGUCGCUUUCCAUCAACUUUCUUCUAUAUCCCGUUGGUGAUUGAUCGGAAUCGCUUGGUUUCACCGCUCAUCUUGCCAACUUCCUAAGAGAAUUAGUCUCUAUAUGUUGAUUUAGCCGGCUUGGCUUUAAAGAGAGCUUUUCAGAUCGGGAGAUGUGUGGGUUUGAAGGAUUAUGUAGUCAGCCUUGGAGUAGAUCAAGAAGAGUUGGCGUCUAUGAUGGUCCGGCAAAUGGUCUUUCUUUAACCUGAUAAAAUUAUCCUCCGGUGAAUCAAGUUGAAUACGGUUAAGUCAUCUCGGUUGGGGUGGAAGGCGUUUGCAAGAACAAAUCAAUGUGUCCGAUGUUGUAGCUUGAGUAAAAGGAGGAUUUGCUGGCGGAGCUGCGGCAUCAGAGUCCUCUCUUUGCACAGCGGCGUGUUUCCAAGCACGUGAACUGAGUUUGCUACAUGCAGAAGCAUUGGAUGACACGUGUAUUGCUUCUUUGAAUGUUGGAACGCGUGGAAUUGCUGUGUCACCCCAGAUACAGGAAGACAAAUCAAUGUCGGUUAUUGGGUUUCUUUGGGUUUAUUUUAUAUACGGGUUGUAACUAAUGGGGUUGGACCAUUGACUGUAUCUUGUAUGUGCCCAGUUGAGUUUUCAAAUAUGAAAUGAAAGGUUAGACAAAAAAAAGAUAAAAGAAUAAAGCGGUAAAUUUGUAAGAAAACAAAAGUAAGAGGAGCGAAUAAGCAAAUCGAGACUCUGGCAUCAUCUCCCACCUCUCCCACACACGAGACUCGAGACCAGUGAUAACCAUCAUCUCUUCACCCAAAUUUAGCAGCUCCAGCUUCUGAUCUCGGUGGGAAUUCUCUCCGAUCGGCGCUUCUCGUGAUCCCUUCUCCGUCGGAUCUCACGGCGUAAAAAUUCAUCGUAUCUGAACCGCAACAGUAUUAGCCAUGGCUCCUCCAGCCGCUUCGCAGCGUUAUCCGUCACCGUCCCAACCUUCAGGGAAAAGCGAAGUAACAGAUCUGAAAUCCCAGCUUCGUCAGCUAGCUGGAAGCAGAGCUCCAGGAGUCGACGAUUCGAAGCGCGACCUCUUCAAGAAAGUGAUAUCUUACAUGACGAUCGGCAUCGACGUCUCAUCCGUAUUCGGAGAAAUGGUCAUGUGCUCGGCGACGUCAGACAUCGUCUUGAAGAAGAUGUGUUAUCUCUACGUUGGUAACUACGCCAAGGGCAAUCCUGAUCUUUCCCUUCUCACGAUCAAUUUCCUCCAGAGGGAUUGCAAAGAUCAGGAUCCUAUGAUCCGCGGGCUCGCCUUGAGGAGUUUGUGUUCGUUACGAGUGCCGAACCUUGUGGAGUAUCUGGUUGGUCCCUUAGGGAGCGGGCUAAAGGAUAAUAACAGUUAUGUGAGAACAAUCGCUGUGACUGGAGUGCUGAAGCUGUAUCACAUCUCGGCUUCGACAUGUAUUGAUGCUGAUUUUCCUGCGACGCUGAAAAGUUUGAUGCUUCAUGAUUCAGAUGCUCAGGUAGUUGCCAAUUGCCUGUCUGCACUUCAAGAGAUUUGGAGUUUAGAAGCAAGCCAUUCUGAGGAAGCAUGCCGGGAGAAGGAAUCCUUGCUUAGCAAACCAGUUAUAUAUUAUUUCUUGAAUCGGAUCAAGGAAUUUAAUGAAUGGGCGCAGUGUCUUAUACUUGAGUUGGCAGUAAAAUAUGUGCCAUCAGAUAGUAAUGAUAUUUUUGAUAUUAUGAAUCUGUUGGAAGAUAGACUUCAGCAUGCCAAUGGUGCUGUUGUCUUGGCAACAGUCAAAGUGUUUCUGCAGUUAACACUCUCCAUGACUGAUGUUCAUCAACAGGUAUAUGAGCGUAUUAAAUCCCCACUUCUGACUCUCGUCAGUUCUGGAAGUCCAGAGCAGUCGUAUGCAAUCUUGAGCCACCUUCAUCUUUUGGUUGUCCGUGCGCCAUUCAUUUUUGCCUCAGACUAUAAGCAUUUCUACUGCCAGUACAAUGAACCCUCAUAUGUCAAAAAGUUGAAGCUUGAGAUGUUGACUGCUAUUGCAAAUGAGAGCAACACUUACGAAAUUGUGACGGAACUGUGCGAGUAUGCUGCAAACGUUGAUAUUGCAAUUGCAAGGGAAUCAAUUCGAGCGGUUGGGAAGAUUGCUUUGCAGCAGUAUGAUGUUAAUGCGAUUGUUGAUAGACUUCUUCAGUUUCUGGCGAUGGAAAAGGACUAUGUCACUGCUGAAACUUUGGUUCUUGUCAAGGACCUUCUUAGGAAGUAUCCACAAUGGAGCCAUGAUUGCAUUUCUGUCGUUGGCGGUAUCAGCAGUAAAAACAUCCAAGAACCAAAAGCCAAGUCGGCUCUUAUAUGGAUGUUGGGUGAAUAUGCUCAGGAUAUGAGUGAUGCUCCUUAUGUUUUGGAGAAUCUGAUAGAAAACUGGGAGGAAGAGCAUUCGGCUGAGGUUCGGUUGCAUCUCCUAACUGCAGCAAUGAAAUGCUUUUUCAAGAGGCCACCUGAGACUCAGAGAGCCCUUGGAAUAGCUCUAGCUGCAGGGAUGGCUGACUUUCACCAGGAUGUUCACGAUCGAGCCUUGUUCUACUAUCGUGUUCUGCAAUACGACGUACAUGUGGCUGAACGUGUGGUUAGUCCUCCAAAACAGGCGGUUUCAGUAUUUGCUGACACUCAAAGCAGUGAAAUCAAAGACCGUAUAUUUGACGAGUUUAACAGCCUUUCUGUGAUCUACCAGAAGCCGUCUUACAUGUUCACGGAUAAGGAACACCGAGGCCCCUUUGAGUUUUCAGACGAAAUUGGAAACAUUCCCAUCACACCUGAAGCCUCCAGUGACAUUGUUCCACAGCAAUUUGAGGCAAAUGACAAAGACCUGCUUCUGAGUACUGACGAGAAGGAUGACAACAGAGGACUUUCCACUACUGGUUCUGCUUACACGGCCCCUUCAUAUGACAACUCUAAUAUAUCCUCACAAAUGCAAGAGCUUGCAAUCUCCGGCCCUGCCACGCCCGCGACUACCCAACAAUCUAGCUUUGAUUUCGAUGAUAUCUUUGGUUUGGGAUUGUCAACAGCUCCUGCUCCUGCUCUAACGCCAUCACCGCCUCUUUUAAAACUUAACCCAAGAGCUGCUCUAGAUCCAGGCGCCUUCCAACAGAAAUGGCGCCAGUUGCCGAUAUCAUUAACACAGGACUGUUCUGUGAAUCCCCAGGGAAUUGCGGCCUUGACAGUUCCACAAUCACUUAUCAAACAUAUGCAGAGUCAUUCCAUCCACUGUAUCGCAUCGGGUGGGCAAUCUCCAAACUUCAAGUUUUUCUUCUUUGCUCAAAAGGAAUCAGAACCGUCAUCAAACUAUCUGACAGAGUGUGUCAUAAACUCUUCAUCAGCCAAGGCACAGAUAAAAGUGAAAGCGGACGAGCAGAGUACGUCUCAGGCAUUCGCAACCGUAUUUGAAACAGCCUUGUCCGAGUUUGGCAUGCCGUAAAAAGCUCUUGGCCUCUUGUGUAUCAGUAUCAUCAAAUAGAGUUCGCUGGAUGGAUCUCUCUACGUUUGGUUGUAAAAUGCGAUAAUACUGUUAUAUGAGUUUUAUAUUCUCGCUCACCUUAAACCACGUUACUUAUGGAGUGGUACUUUAUUAUCCUUAGACGUGGAACUUUUCAGCUUCA